GUACAUAGCGACAUAGGUGCAGGGCUUGGACAUUGAGUAUGAGCGCGAAUUUCUCUGACGGAGCUGUGGUCAUGCUGUCUAUUACGGGUGGUGAGGGGAAUGGUAGAGGAAGAGGCGAGGGCGGGAAGAAGGGCAAGAAGGACGGACAUCGUAAUGUUCGGCAACAGACAAUAGCCAUCACGCAUGCACAUGCAUCGGUUGGCACUGAUGUGAGUCUCCCGCCAAGGAGACUGCCAUUGGUAGUCUCAUCGGGCAAUGACCUCGGUCUUCAGGUGGAGUACAACGGAUCGGAUUCAGACGAGUCGAGCAGCAAUGACGGACACGAUCAGGAUGGCCAAGGUGGCGGCUUUGGCAGCAUGUCUUCGACUCGUGCUCGUGAUCAAGGCUCGUCCAAUGCACCGGUUGUCUCGGUGGCGCUGCAGACGUCGCCAGUCGACUUUCUCCCGCUCUCGGAGAUCGAGCUCGAGCGAGCGUUGUCGACGGCGGCAGCACCGUUGCGCGACAGUGACUCGCGUGUGGACUCACUGGCAGCGUUUCUCCUCAAGGUUGAGAGCCUGAUGGACGAGGCGCUUGACGAGGCGCUGACGGACUCGGUCUUUGCGGCGUAUGCACGAGCGUCGUCGCGUGAUGAGGUCGACGCCAUUGAGCUCGACAAGGAGCUGGUUGCGGCAGAGUUUGUGGCGCUCGGCGUAAGCGCGGUCGCGUUCUCGGCUACGGGCUCGAUGGUAGCUGUGGGGUACGGCAGCUCGGGCCACAGCGCGUGGUGCGAGCAUGAGGCUGCGAUUGGAGUGUGGGCGUUCAACCGCUCGCGAAGCAAGAGCGAGGUGCCGGAGGUGCUGGUGAGGACCCGGGCAUGCGUUCGAGCGCUGGCGUUCCACCCGCACGCCGCGGGCAAGCUCGCGUACGCUACGUUUUCCGGGCAGGUCAGCGUGGUUGAUGCACUGGCAGCCGGUAGCGGCGGGAACGUCGGCGGCGGCGCGAGCGACAGCAGCAGCGGAGCGGUCGUGGCGACGGGCGUCCACACUGAGCCGGUGGUGGCUCUCGAGUGGCUAGUGGUGGGCAGCCGGAGCAAGGCGCAGAGCGGAGGCGGGCACCUGGUCUCGCUCUGUGCUGGCGGACGGCUGCUGAUGUGGGAUGCGGCGUCACUGUCAAAGACGGCGGUCCUCGGGUUCACUCUCCACACCUCACGGCUCGGGUCGCAGCUGUGUCCGCUCGGCGGCUCGGCGCUGGCGCUGGCGGCGGCUGACCUCGAGUCCGGCAACCUGCUGGUGGCGUCGGAGACCGGAGCGCUGCUGCAGGGCUCGCUGACGAGGCAUCCGGCGCUGCUGCUGGGCUCGUUCGCCAAGCCGGCAGCAUCGUGUGAGUACCCGGACGACCCAUACGGGGUCUCGCCGGUUGUGUUUGCCUUCCACUCGCCACCGGCGCCUGUGCUGGCGCUGGCGGCUUCGCCGUUUGCGGCCAACGUGUUUGUCUCUGGUGCCGCCGACGGUGGCGUUCGGCUCCACGCCCUCCGCACCCAGCAGGCACUGAUGACCCGGUACGCGCCAGACGGCUCGGCGGUAGUGGCGGUCCAGUUCUCGCCGCUGCGACCGAUGGUGGUCUUUGCCGGCACCUCGUCGGGUGCGCUGUUGGUCUUUGAUCUUGGUGCUGAGCCCGAGACGCCUGCGGUGGCGCACGUCCUCGACGCCGGCAUCACGGCCAUUGCCGCCAAUAGCGAGAUGCCGACGGUGGUGAGCGUUGGCACGACGCGCGGCGGGGCGCGAUUGUACACGGUCUCGCGCUCGCUCUCGGCGCCACGGCCCGGCGAGGAGGCCCAACUCCAGUCGACAGUGGCGGGGCUGGCGGCGCGAGCCGAGUGA